CAUAAAGCAAGCUGUUCUUAAGAACCUCUGUGACAUUGAGUGGACAUUAAGCUGUUCUUAUUCAGGUUUUACUUGAUAGACUAUACACACAAACCACACUUCACUUCAGCCUCGAGAGAUUCUGCUCAGUUACAAAUGAAGAGGGAGCAGGCGCCACACUGGAACCUGUCCGUGACGGUAUUAAGAGGAGAGUUCCAGCAUACAUAUGAUUACUUUUCGAAGCCUGACCUGUACGUGACCCUGCGCCUACCCACAGCCUCGGCUUGUACUCUGAGAACCAGGACGAUCAAUAACUCUCAGACCCCUGACUGGAACGAGACGUUCCACUUUCGAGCCUACAGCCAGGCAAAGAAUAUUCUGGAGAUAACUCUUUAUGACAGUGAUAUAGCGUUGGAUGACAAAUGCACCAGCAUUUUGUUUGACAUCAGCACUCUUAAACUGGGCCAGAAGUUGACCAAGGACUUCAUCACAGAUGACAAGGUCAAUGAUAAGCUCUGGGUGGAAUUUGAGCUGACCGAAAGUCCUGGCGCACCUGGUCAGUACCUCUCUAAUGGAGUCUUAUUGGCCGCUCCGUUGUCCACUCUGGAGGUGAAGUUGGACAAACUGCCCAUUGACAUUCAACACGACAUGCUGUUAAAGUUACAAGGAGCGUAUAAUGAAGAUCAAGUCAUCUCGAUGUCCAUAAACAGCAGCCUUAUGCAGACUCUUCGCUACUUCAUCAACAAAGACCUGGAGAGCAAGUUUGAACUGCAAACUCUGAAUGAGGAUACGGUGGAUAAUGAAAAAUCAUCCGAAGUCUCUGUAACCCCAUUUGGACCCACACAAGACUGUACUCUCACACUUCCUGUGGCAAAGGAAAACGUAAACUUACAUCUGAACACAGUGGACAGCUCUGAUGAGAACAUGAAGGUGCGUCUGGAUUUUGACAUACCACCAGAAGAGAAGGUGUUCCUGGUGAAAAGGAGAGAGGUGGUGUCUCGUGCACUGCAGAAGUUUUUGAGCCUGGAAAGUUCUCUGGAUUCCACCCAGGUCCCUACAGUGGCUUUGGUGUGUUCAGGAGGCAGCUCCAGGGCCAUGACUGGCAUGUAUGGUGCUCUGAAAGGACUGCAGAGCCUCGGCCUGCUUGAUGCCAUCACCUACAUCACCUCUGUGUCUGGCUCCACCUGGGCCCUUGCAAGUCUCUACUCUGAUCCAUUCUGGUCAAAGGAAGGCCUGGAUAAAGUGAUGGCAUCUUCACAGAAGGAGCUGUCUAAGAGCGUGACCAGUCUCUUUUCUCCUGCACAGCUGUCUUAUUAUCAUUCUGAGCUGCAGAAAAGAGAGAAAGAAGGCUAUUCGGUCUCCUUAAUUGACACCUGGGGGCUCGUCUUAGAACACCUCAUCUUUGGAAAGAAACACACCGAGACACUGUCUGACCAGAAGAAGGCAGUCUACAAGGGUCAGAACCCGCUCCCAAUCUACACCGCAGUAAACAUGAAGAAGGACACCAGUGGCUGUCUAGUGCCUGAGUGGUGUGAGUUUACCCCAUAUGAAGUGGGGUUCUCCAAAUAUGGAGCUUUCAUCUCUGCAGAAAAUUUCGGAAGCGAGUUCUACCUCGGUCAUGUGGUUAAAAAACUACCGGAAACUCGCAUCUCCUUCCUCCUGGGCAUGUGGAGCAGUAUUUUCUCAGCAAACCUCAUGCAGCUCUGGAGUGCUUUUACUGGAAUGAUACCAUCCUGGGCUUCCAGGCUGGGAGAUAAAGUGGACAAGAUCGAAAAAGGAAAUACAUCCUCAACCUUGAACACUUUGCGGGUCAAUCCGGAGGCUUCAGUGCUGAGCGGCUUCCUGAAUGGCUGCCCCAUCAUCAGCAAUGUGUUUAACUUUCUGAGAGGAUUUACCCUGCACAACCUGUACAGUGAAAGCUCAGGAUUCAACACCUCUAAUGAGACACACCCGGACGCGUUUCCGAACAAGCUGACCCCAGCGGACUCCACGCUAGGCUUGGUGGAUUCCGGAUUUGCCAUUAACACGGCUUUCUCUCCUGUGCUACGGCCACAAAGACACGCCGACGUCAUUCUGUCUCUUGAUUAUACUUGGGUUGAAGAUCAUUUGAAGACGCUGAAGGACACUCAGCAGUACUGCAGUGAGCACAAGUUGCCGUUUCCAAAGACCGAUUUCAGCAAGUACAAAUCAGAGCCAAAAAGGGAGGUGUAUGUGUUCGAAGAUGAGAACAAUCCUGAUGCUCCUAUCGUGCUCCAUUUCCCGCUGGUCAACGUCUCAUUUAAAGAGUUUAAAGCUCCCGGAGUGAAGAGGAAAGGAAACACGGAGCUAAUUGACGGAAAUAUCGACGUGAGCUCCAGUUCCUCUCCAUACGCUACCAAAAACAUCACCUUUGAGUCAAGAGACUUCCAAAAGCUGGUGGAUCUGACCUCCUACAACAUUGUGAAUAACAAAGAAAUCAUCAGGAAUACACUGAAGAAAGCUAUGAGCAAAAAGGGGCUUGCUAACAUUCCCUCAAGUGAAAGUGUAAAUAACUGCACACUGGCUUAAACCAGUGGUAUUAGAAAUGAAGGAACGUGUUUAUAUGUUGAGGAAUUGUUUUAAAAUCAGUUCAGAAAAAAAAAAUGUUUUAGAACUAGAGUGAGAAAUGUACCUUUGUUAUCAUCUCUGUAUGGACAGCAUUUGUGGAGACUCAGCUAUAAGACUGAUAUACGCUUUUUAAACAUCCCAUUUCCACAUUUAGUCUCAAUUUAAAGUAACAUGUCCCAAUAUUUUUGUCCAAAUAGUUUCAAAUUGUUAAUGCAAUUGCAGACACAGUGGCUAUAAGCAACACCUCAACAGUACUGAUGUAGGUGAGGUGAGGAGACCUGGAGUGAGUCCAUACGAUCCAUUUUACUCCAAAGAUAUUCAAUAGGGUUGAGGUCAGAGCUUCAUAGCAUAAGAUUUUCCACUCAGACCAACGUAAAGCAUAUCUUCAUUGAGCUGGCUUUGUGCACAGGUUCAUAGUCAUGCUGAAACAGGGUUGGUUCUCCUAGUUCAAGUGAAGUACAACAAUUCAAUGCUACCACAUCCAAAGACAUUCUAUUCAAUUUGUGUGCAUCCAACUUCGUUUGGGGUUUCCCAAUGCUCUUGUACAUAUCUUGUAAUUAGUGUAUGUUGAGACAUAUUUACUCUGCCUAAUGGUAGAUAGAUAAUAGAUAUAAUGUAUAUGAGAGAAAUGCAUGAAGCAAUAUAUAUUAAUAUAUACAGAUGGUCCCUGAGGUAUGAUGGUUCAACUUGUGAUUUUUUGAUCUUACAAUGAUGAUGGCAAUCCAAUAAAAAUGUUAAAGUAUUUUGCAUUUCGCACAGCAAGAAAAUCAGCAUAUGCUCCACCCUCCAGUCGCGAACCAGUGUUCAUCCACGUGACCACUGCAAUAUACACAUACACUGUAUAUUUUAUACAGCACGGUACUGUAAAUUGCUAUGUUUUGCUAAAUUAUGUACUGUAAUUUGGAAACAUUUAUUAAAAUUUGUUCAAUUAGUUAAUUGUAUAUAUAUAUAUAUAUAUAUAGGGAAUUAUUUAAGUAUACCUGUUAUCUGUAAUUAGAUUUAAGAAUACACUGCUUCUUAAGCUUCUUCUGCUGCUGACCUUUUUCCCUUAUGCUUGUUGUUUAAUGAUCAUUAUGCUUUCCUCCUCCAUUAAUGAAUAAAUGCACAAACACCUAACCAA